AUUGCAAAUACCUGUCUCCAUCCUUAGAGAGAUUCUCGGCCCUUACCUUCUGUUGUAUUGUGAUACGGCCUCUUUUCCGUUGUCGUUCAAGUCUGGAGUUUCUUUCUCGCGCAAACUCAGCAGGUACUGCAGAAUUACACUAUCACCGUCAUUCGAUUGCCCUCAUGGCUAGCCACAUCAUCGGCAACCGUAACAGCACUCCGGACGCCUCCAAGUCGUCCCUUCGUCCUCCGUCGUCUUCUCGGAACCUAGGUUCUCACCAGCUACGCGCGUCGGCCGAUAUGUCUGGCUUCCCGUCUCCGCUGUCGUCUCGCAGCAUCCGCCCGUCGUCGGAAGUGUACUAUAACCAGCAGUCUCAGGCUCAGAACAAUGCGGAGGAUCCUUUGGAUCGUGCAGCUCAGCAGUGGCUCGCCGAUAUUGAUCAAUACGAGACUACUCUGGAGGAGAUGGCGGCUGCUACGCUUGACCAGGACUUCAAGGACGAGCUGAGUGCUAUCGAACAAUGGUUCCGCGUCCUCAGUGAGGCCGAGAGAACCGCCGCUCUUUAUGCUCUGCUGCAGCAGACUACGCAGGUGCAGAUCCGAUUCUUCAUUCAGGUGCUGCAGCAGAUGGCCAAAAGUCACCCAAUGUCGGGCCUCUUGUCACCUGCCAAUUUUGGUGAGAAGGACGCGAUGUCCAACAGGUUGAAUGAUGCGAUGUCAAAGUUGAACAUUGACAGCUCCCGCAACUCCUUGGGUCGCCCUCCGCCGUCCCCUGGUGCCAAGCGCAACUCGGGUCUGGACUCUUCGACCAUUAAUGCCAUGUUCCCCGAUGCCGCCGCGGCCAUCGCCAAGAAGAAGGCCGAGUUCACGCAGCAAACUGGCAACGCUCCGCCUUCCAACCGCAAUAGCGCUGUUUAUGGCGACCGCUCCUCGUUUGUUGCACCGACCAUCUCCGCUCCGGACAACACAGACAACCUGGGUCAGACUCCCGCUUCGCCAUGGGCUCAACGAGGUAAUGAGCCUCAGCCGCCUAUUGCCCGACCCAAGUCUUCAUCCGGUCAGCAGCCGAUGGGACAGUUCAGCCAGGCCUCGUCGGGCCUGCGUUCUCCGCUACCCACACAGACGGCCACCAUCCCGGCUCCUGAGAUCGAGGCACCCCUACUGUCGCCGUACAAUGUUGGAAAUGCCAGCUGGGCCUCCAUGACCAACACUCCGAUGACAGCGACCUUUGGUCAGCAGGUGCACCAGCCGCCGAACUCGCAGGCGGAUAUGGUCGCGAAUGCCACCGCGAUGAAGCUGGCCGCUUUGUCGACGGUCAACAACCGCAUCGCACUGGAUGAUGCGCGCAAGUACCGCCGUGCUCGCUCAAACGAUGGACAGGGCAGAUCUUCCAACGCCAAUGUCAACCAGACCAUGCAAGGCGGUCUUGCAAGCCCCGGCCUUCCGGGAGCGAAUCAUCUAGUUGCCGGACAGCUUUUGAACGCCCAACAGCUAGCCGCGUUGCAAGCUCAACAGCAGGCGGCGAUGGCGGGUCGACGGUCCCGCCCCACCUCCCCAGGCAUUGCCAUGCAGGGAGGCGCGCUUGGAGCGAUGGGCUUCACCUCACCGCAAAACAAUGGCUUCCUGGCGGCUUAUGACCCCAACAAUCCGUUACUGGGUAAUGGAUUGGGUGCUCUGGGUCUCAGCCAGUUUGGGCUCGGCGGUCAUGAGGGCUACCUCUCUGAUCAUUCCGAAGUCACUCGUGGCCGCUCUCCCCGGGGUCGCCGUGGCAGCUCCAAGCCGCCCGAGGAUCCCACCGACCCGAAUCUUCUGAAGGAUAUUCCCAGCUGGCUGAGAUCUCUUCGCUUGCACAAGUACACGGAUAACCUUAAGGAUCUCAAAUGGACCGAGCUGAUUGAGCUCGACGACAAGGCUCUGGAGGAUCGUGGUGUCAACGCUCUUGGCGCCCGGAACAAGAUGCUCAAGGUGUUUGAGCAAGUCAAGGAGGCCAAGUCCGAAGGAAAACUCGACAACGUUGCGUGAUGACACGGAUUUACUUCUGUCAUUUCUUUUUCAUUCUAACAUUCUCUCAACUGCAUUAAUUUGACUAGAUUGACCUUGGCAUAAGUGGCAGGAUCCGACCUAUGAGCGAUCUCUUUGGAAUGAGCUUUGGAAGGAGAGAUGUAUGUACUUUUUGUGACGUGCUUUUUGGCUUUACGCAGCCGAUCAACGGAUCAACAGGGCGUGCAGCAUUUGAGAGGCCCGGUUGUGUCUCAAGUGCUGGCGAUGUCUGGAAACGGGUUAUGAAAGCAACAGGUCUGUCUGACCAGGAUGUGCAG